CUCUCACUCAACACUGAUUCUCCAUUAAUCUCUCAAGAUAAUUAUAAUAAUAAGCUUCUCUGAUUUGUUUCAAACCAAAUUUACAUUUUGUUGGGUUGUUUUCUGUGAUUGAAGCGCCUUAGCCAUGGCUUCCCUUUCUAUCUCUUCCUCUUCGACUAUCAUUAAUUCUAGAGCUUCUCCUACUCGACAAGCCUCCUUCUCUUCUCCGUCGUGUAUUUCCCUUCCGAUGCUUCCUCCUAAGCCGCUUCAGUCCACCGCUUACUGUCCGUUUCCCACUCUCGACAAACGUCGGAAGAUCGCUAGGAACGUUCUGACGAGAGCUACCGAAGUUGAAGCUUCGGUCACUGCCGAAGCUGACACUACAGAGUUGCCAGAAAUAGUCAAGACAGCUCAAGAAGCGUGGGAGAAAGUGGAGGACAAAUAUGCAAUUGGUUCACUCGCAUUUGCUGCUUUGGUGGCUCUUUGGGGAUCUACCGGCCUCAUCUCGGCAAUCGACAAGCUUCCAUUGUUUCCAGGUGUUUUUGAACUUGUAGGCAUUGGUUACACUGGGUGGUUCGUUUACAAGAACAUCAUCUUCAAACCAGAUAGGGAGGUGCUGUUUCAGAAGGUCAAAGACACAUACAGAGACAUAUUAGGGAGCAACAGCUAAAUCAAAGGAAGAAGUGUGAGAGAUAUUCAUGAAGGAAAAUCAAAAGAAGAAUCUAACACAUGCAUCUCUCUCUCUCUUUCUUUGUGCUCUUGUGGCUCAAAAUAUCAUCCAUUUUAUGUCAAAGUGUUGUAAAUUCCUCGACUGCAAUGAUGAGAUGUCUAUUUCAUUC